UCCGUCGUCAAAUACUGAAAUAUGUGAAGGAUUAAAGGAAUCCAAGCACACGGAGUCAUGAAAUACGUCGUCAGUUCAUUGAAAAGAGGCGACCACCUUCUUAGACUGACUAUAGAUAUUUUCCAAAUGGAAAACUAUAUGAAGAAAGAGAGAAAUGACUGCUAAGAAAUUGAGCAAUUCAGCUGUAACAGAGCCGAAUUUAUUUGUGUACAUUUUUAUUUUACGAUAAUUUUGUUGUAUAUUACACAGCAGCCAUUUAGGCGUAAGAGUAUUCUUAUCUAGUUGAAUUUUGAAUUGGUAGAAUUGACCAUUCUCGGUGUUUGCGUUUAAUUAGCCUCCAAUGAAACCUGUUGCUUGUCCCUAAAUAAAUAAGUUUACCGGAUUGAACGCAUGCGCAUAUUCCCCUAAUUCCGAGGGAAUCCGUUACCUUGGAAUCGCUUCAUUGGCCAACAAACACUUUUUGCGCGACGUAGUGAGCAAAAAGUUUUUCGAUCGACUUCAAAUCUAAUCCGGGAAUGGAAUUGGAACUGACUCGCGUUGAGUACACCACCGUUGGGUUAACGGCUCCCAACUGCCUCCAGUUGCUGCCAUCGAGCGCGCCAUCCUCUGGUGCGGGUGGCGGCUCUUCGGGAAAAUCUACAACGAAACAACAGAAGGUGGUCGUCGGUGAUCAGGAUGGUGUUCUGCAGGUGUUUUCUAUGAAGAAAGACGAGCUGCAGGUUCACUUCAAGACGUUGCCACACGACAAAAUAGCUUCGGUCAAGCUCGGCGGACACGUUGGCUCGACGGCGGAUAAAAUUUUCACCGCCGCCGAGAAUAAGGUUCGCGGGUUCAACAAGAAGGGUAAAAUGUUCCUGUCAUUCGAAACGAACCUAACGGAGAACAUCCGUUCGAUGUUUGUGAGUGGCAGUGACCUGCUGGUGUGUGGUAACCACGUGUAUAAUCACUACAAGGACUGCAAGGAGGUGGGAUCGUAUCUAUGCGGCGAUGCGAUAGUUGACGUGUCUGGGUUGUGUCCCAAUAAUACUAGUCGUCUCAUCACCGUAUUAGCGUGUUCCGGGCGAGUGCUGCGUAUUUUGGAACACUCUCGCGUUCGUCAAACACUCGAGCUAGACAGCGUUCCUACGGUGUUGCAUGUUCCUAAGGGUCUUGGCGAUAAAAUCCUGUGUGGAUUCGCGAACGGCAAAGUGGUUAUGUUCCACAUCAAUUUGCAAGUUAGUGAAGUCAAAAGAGAAACAUUGAUCGAAGAUGCGGAAAAUCUUAGCGCCGUUACUUGUCUUGGAACAUAUGACCUGUCGGGGGAUGGGAAAGAUGAAUUGAUCGUUGGAAGACGAGAUGGAACGCUACAGGUUUUCACGAUGCACACGGACGAAUACGAAUUUGACAUGGAGUGUACGCAGAUCUAUCGGGAGAACUUCAACGAAAGCAUUUCGAGUGUUCAGGGUGGCUGUGUUGGAGGGAGUAAUUACUCGGAGAUAGUGGUUUGCACAUAUUCGGGUCGGGUUUUUGGCCUGACAACUCAGUGCAUAAGCAAAAGUCUGAGUGAUACAGGAAAGCGGGAUUCUGUUGGAAUGGCACCGGAAGCAUCAUCCAAACUUCACAAGUUGAGGGCGGAAAUCUACGAGUUGGAACAAGCGAUCACUCGGGAACGCGAACGCUAUCAAUUAUCGACACAGGCUCUAUCCACCGGACUGUCCGCGAUUCCAAUGUUACCGGUAAACGACUCAAUGCUACUGUGCCUGGAUGAUGCAACGUAUUCGCUGACCAUUGAAAUUCCCACCCCCAUUGAGCAUGUACUGUUGCAGUGUGAUGCACCAAUCAAUCUGAUUGAUGUUGAGAAAAAUUCGGCGGUAGUCAGCUUCAGCGAAUGCGAUAAAAUGAGUGGCAACAGCUUAUUGGCAAGCUACCGUUGUCAGGCAAACACCAACCGGGUUGAUCUGAAAUUCCGCACUGUUGAGGGCCAGAACGGAACAUUGCAGAUGUACAUAACGCCAAAUCUGCAGCCAAAAUGUUGUCAACUCAAGAGAUAUCCGAUAAAGGCUCUCUCGUUGCACAUGAUUGUACAAAAUCUCCCACCAGAUGCCGAAUGUAGACCAAUGAAUGCUCUCACGCUGAAAGGAACCUUCAGCCAAGCUGAGAUGCACAAUUGGAUGAUUAAUUGUAUACCGGAAAUACCGGAGAAGAUUUACGGUACUGAUAGAAUUCGAUUGAUGUUUCGACAUGUGUUUAUUGGCAGCGUAUUGAUAUGUGAGUACGGAAAGGCUGAGGCGGACUUCCGCAGCGAUAACAUUUCCACGAUCUCGAUACUCAAAGAUUUCAUCACGAAGGAGGCAACCAAGAAACGCAUAAAACUAGAAAUCUCAACGAAUAUAAAUGAACAAACAAUACCAGGCUUGAUCAAACUAAUCGAGCCGAAAAUUGUUCACUACAAUAAACUCACCAAAGACUACCAGAUUCUACAGGCACUGAUUGAUCUGGACAUUCGCAAUGACGAAGAGUUUGGUACAUUGUCGAAAGAGUAUCAGCAGCUGCUCAAAGAUCAACGACUAAUAGAGGGUGAAUUUAUGAAACAGCCUACGAUACUGAACCGUAUCUACGGUAUACUAACCGAUUUGUACAUCGACAAGUUCAAAUUCAAGGGAGUCAAUGUGAAGACGAAACUUCCUCAACUUAUUGAUUUGUUGGAAAACUACAAUUAUAACGAAUUGGUUCAAUUCUACAGUGUCGCAAAGGCUGUUGACGAUGAAGUAUGAAUUAUGACUAAAUUCAUUCAUUCAAAAUAAUCCAAAUGAAUUACUCGCUAAACGCUACGUCUCAUGAGUAAUUUCAUCAAGAAACAAAUCCUUUACAGGCACCAUCAAAACUGAUUCAAAGAAUAUUUCUUCAUGAGAGCACACAAACUGUACAAUGAACAGCAAUUCUUAAACGGGAUUAUGUGGGUACCCAUAACAGAAAUCAUCAAUAGAGACACUUAAGGCGAUGUAACACUUCGCAGAUCUAAAUUAUCAGAUAUGAUAACGCUUGCAUUAAAAGAAUUGGAAAUUUUCGGAUUACGAUAAAAAAAAUACAGAAGAUAAUUCAAAUUUCCCAUGAACAUAAUUUAACCAUGUAAAAAAAUAUUUCGACGCUUUCUCGGGCGGUCUUCCAGCAAUUGGCCGAAAAGUUCGCCAUUACUAUCGAAAACAUACUUGUUGGCAUGUUUGGAGAGUUCUUCCUAUGUUUUCAUCACGAAAUUGUUCCCUUUUCGCUGAUGGUUAGCACCUUUUUUGGGAAUUUGGUGUAGAAGACGUAUUCCAUUCGUAUUCGUCGGAACUUAUCCCAUUGAUGGAGGACGUAAAUUAGCUAUUUCCCAGCUAGUCGUUUCCAUCCACAGUUAAAUAUGUCUCGUCGUCCAUGGCGACCGUGACGUUCCGCUUAGCCGGAAAAAUUUCAUUCUCCAUCGCUUUCAGCCUUUGUUUCUGGGUCACAGCUUGGUAUUCCGACACGGUCGGUCUUGACUUUCGUUACCGCAUGAUGUCCAUCUCAGCUAGAUAUUUUUUUACUGUCUGACUCGUUGUUCCAACCUACCGGCCCAAAGCCUGGAACGAUGUAGCCAUCUUUCCAUCCGUCUUCUGCUUCAGCUUCAGCUGCAGUUUACGAUCGCGUAGCACCGUCGGAUGAUCGGAAACAGACUUCCGUUCAAUGCUCUCAUUUUUCUCUAGACGUGUAAGGAUAUCAUACAUACCAGAACGGGCGUAUCCGGCGGAAUCAAAGUACCUGAAGUCUAACGUAACUAGUUGCUUUGUCUCAAAUGAAGAAUCGCUAUCCGAUCAUGAACACAUAAUGUUCAAUUAUAAUUCUGAUGGUCUUUUGAUUGAACAACUCAGAGAUACAAGAAAAACAAAUUGGGAUACCUAUCAUUCCAAAACUCAGGACAAUAUUUUGAUAUCAGUGAAAAGUAUUUCUUCCACUGAACAGCUAAACAUUGUUUCAUCGCAAUUUGAAACCAAUAUUAACCAAUAUUAUUUGAAGAAAACUGUUCACUGAAGCGGAAAACUUCAAGAAAGGAUGCAUCUUGGUGGAACAACAAAUGUGAAAAGCUUAGAAAACUGUGUAGGAAACUUUACAUCAAAGCAAAAAUUACUUCCGAUUGGACAGAUUACAGAAACUGUCUAACAAAAUCUAACAAAGAAAUCAGUGAAUCCAAGAGAAGGGAUUGAAAGUUCACCUGUGAGCAGGUAGAAAGUGUAUCUGUUGCAACAAGAUUUCAUCAAGCCCUUUCAAAGGAUCAUACCAAUGGACUUGAUAGUCUGAAAAAAGAAAUCGGGCAAUUUACAACCGAUUUUCAGGAAGCAUUCAGUACAACACAGUUUCACUUCUGUCCUUCAACACAGCUCAAUUCUGUCCAAUCAGAGACGAGAUUUGAGCAAAAGAAAUCGCCAGAGCUAUCUUUACGAAGUCAAGAGUUGAAUGAGAAGAGGAUUCCUUAAAGCCCUUUAACCAUUUGCACUUGGUUGUCCCCUUUCAUGAGACAUUAAAGUUUAUUAGUGAUUACGGGAAAUCGAGCUAUUUCAGCGCAACUUUUUGAGACACGCAUGUUCGUUUGAAUUUUCUUUUUGAAAUGGAAGUUUAAGAAGUUUAAUCAAAAUAUAGUAAAAUUACUAAGAUAUACAGAAGGAAUGUCAGCGGAUCGCGGUCGCGCUGGUAGCCAGCGUCUAGAAUCGUGCUGAGUGAAAAGGGUUAAAUCUCCAGGAACGGAUGGGAUUUUAUUUCAAACUCAAAAAGCUCCUGCCACGGUAGUUUGUUACGUCACGUUUGUCGCCCUUCUUAUCUACAGGAAACAUAAAGGAAUGCUUCCAUAUUUCGGGACAAAUUCCUUGAUCCAACGAUGCAGUGAAGCUGUGGACCUGUGUACCUUAACAGAUUUAUGAUUACCUGACACUGCAAUAAGCACUUCUCCUUAGCUAGCGAGUCCGCUUUCUCAUUCCCCGGAAUCGAGCAAUGAGAGGGAACCCAUGCUAAGGUAAUCUUGAAUAAUUUUUCGACCAAAACACUCAAUAGAUGUCUUAUUCUAACAAGAAUAAGACAUCUAUUGAGUGCGCUUCAGAAGGCACACUUUUUGAAAGGCAAAUUGCCUAUAAUGAAUUUUUUCACAUUCCUCGUCAGGACACACUCGUUAGUUGGCAGCGCAUGUGGAGUGAAGAUGAGUUCGGUCGUUGGUUACACACGAUUAUCACUAAGGUCUCGACGAGUGCAUGGUUCAAGGGAUUGAAUGUAGGUCGUGAUUUCAUUCGCGUGAUAUCUCGGCUUAUGUCCAAUCACUACAACCUAAACGCGCAUCUCUAUCGCAUUGGGCUCGCAGCAAACAAUCUUUGUGAUAGUGGCGAUGGCUACCACGACAUCGAGCAUGUUGUCUGGUCGUGUAUCCGGUUCCAUGCUGCUCGCUCUCAGCUCUCUAGAGCACUGAGAGCAAAAGGCAGACAAUCGGAUAUCCCCGUCCGGGAUAUCUUAGGUAGCCGGGAUCCUGAUCUUCUGCUUCAUCUAUACCUGUUCCUCAGAAACGCCGAUGUCAACGUUUAAUGAUGUUUCCUUCGUUGUGUCCCCGUUUCAUAUCCCUCCUAUCCGAUCGAUAAACUUUUACUUAGUCGCGGCAAUACAUACACACACUCUUUACAGAUGCACGGGCCGAAGGUUGUGCAGUCCACUGAUCAUUCAACAAGAGCCAAAGGUUGUACCGCUCAUGACAACUCUACACGAGCUGAUGAUUGCGCCGGCUAGUGACCAUUCUAUCCUGGAUUCCUCGAGUCGAGAAAGACGCACCACGCUAGAUAUGGGGUACAGACUAGGGAGCGUUGCUGAUUAAUGGUCAGCUGCAUCCCAAUAGGAAGUAGCCCGUGUCGGGCACACGUAUAGAGCAUCGAAGACUGCAACAUACCAAUUAUGAGAACACUUGUAAUACUAACCUCGAGCCAACCGCGAGUAAUCAGUUACAUAUUACUAACAUAGUUGUAAGACAAAAAUUGUCAAAAUAUUGGACUCCCGGCCCCGUCAGGCUAACGCCACAUGUGCCUUAAUAAAAAAUAUAUUUUGGAAAAAAAAGCACUUCUCCUAAUGUAGUUUUGUGGCUAUUUCUUGGACUACGGUCGCCACGAAAUACGUUGAAGUCGGUUCCAAAAAGGUGUAGCGAGUUGACGUUGUCGAUUUUCAGACCGCGUACAUUUUGGUAGUGCUGAGUGUAGGCUUCCAAACAUUAAAUUUGUCGCUUAGCCACAACCGAUUCCUAACGCAUGUUUUAAUAACGACAUCCGGUGUUAAUGGGAAAAAUUCGCUCAACAUGAGCAAGCCAGUCCAGCGAUUGUGUUUUCCGUAAUGGUUUUGCCUCUCAAUUUCGGGGUUCUACUGUAUUUGGAAAUAUUGCCGGCUUCUGGUCGUCAGUGAUACUUUUGAGGGGUUUAUAUUAUGCAGUUUGUAAGAAAAACAUCGACUUUAAAUUUCGAGAGCUCCCUACUUUCGUUUCAAUUGUUCAAUUGUAGUUAACUUUAUGAUUAUCACCCUUAUUCUUGUAUUCGAACGAAUACAAAACGUUCGAAAGUAUCACCCUCAUUCUUGUUUUCGAACGAAAAGAAAUCGUUCGAAAGAAUGUACCGUUUGUAUUCUUGUUUUCGUAUGAAUCAAAUCCAUUCAUUCGAACUUUCGAAAAUUGAACAAUUCGAACGAAUCGGCCAUUCUAGUUUUCGUACGAAUGUGUUUUUUCACGUGGUUUCUAAACGUCACUUUUUUCUUGCGAAUUCCGUUCGAUUGUUAAAUCAGUACAUAUUGAUGUUUUUCGGAUAAUUUGAGCUUAAGUCGUACUGAUUCUGCUGUUCAAUCUAUUAUAGAAGGAAUUGAGUCAUUGAGGAUUAUGAAUAUGAUUCAUGAACAUUAUUAUAAUUCAUUUCUUUGUAUACUUUUUAUUAUUGUUUUUGCUGUUUUGCAGUCCAGUUAGUAAAAUUUAAUAAUUGGGUUGAAUUUCCGGCAAAAUUAACGAACGAUCACUGUAUGGGCGACAAUUUCACCAUUGCUUUGAUAAAAUCUUGCAUGAAAUUUUAUUGAUGCAUGAAAUCUUGCAUCUGAUGUUUAUGUUCGAUAAAGAUCUUGUUCGGACGGAUUCGUACGAAAACAAGAAAGUAUUUUUCGAAAUUGUUCGAAUCAAGUCUUUCGAACGAAAGUCAGAUACGGCCGUAAACAAGAAUAAGGGUGAAUAAGUAACAAACGUCACUCACCUUUUAUUUUUCGAAAAUGAUUAUCAUACUACUUUGUUCAACCGGCCAACAUUUUUUUAUAAUUCUUUAUUAUAGAGACUUUCAGCCUCCUGGGCUGUAAGAAAAAAUGCCUCUCAGGCACCACGAGAUGUAGACAACAUAUUUCACAAAACAAACAAAAAUAACAAAUAUAAAUUUAACAUGACAAAAAAUUUUAACAUAUAAGACAAUGGGCCUGAUUUUCGAAUACACUCCACGACGGAAACGGAAUGAACGUAUACGCGAUGACAACCGUACGGUGUCGACAUCUGGAUACGAGAUUAGUUUCCCACUAAACUGAUCAUUAUACUAUCAAAUUAUCUUCAGAUGAAAUUUUUGUAUCAGAUUAUUAUAUCACAUGAAGAAAACAAAGUUUUCCACUCACAUUGAAUACCAGUUUGAUACGAAGAAGUUAAUUUUCAUUAUUGAUUUUUUAUUUGAAAAGUGCUCAUUCUGCCUGAAAACUCAUUAUUAUCUACGACACUUCACUAACUCGUAAAACGUAGUCCAAUGGCGUGCCGAUUAUUUCGUUUCCACCGUGAAGUGUAUUCGAGAAUCAGGCCCAAUGAUUCUUUGUUAUUUUUGUUGAUGGUUUACUAAUUACUUCUGGUCGGAGGGCAAAGGUGUUCGUUGAUCCUGGCCCCGGGCCAAUGGAGGGAAACCCGCGCCGUUCGAAGAUGCCAACUGCUCUUGUUCCCCUAAUCGCGAGGGGGAAGGAACGAGGAUCUUCGUUUUGGAUACGUUUUUUGUGGUUCAAAUUUUCAAUCGGCAUCUUUCGGAAGCCGUUUUGUCGGAGAUCUUCUUUGGUCUAAGGGUGGUUUAAGAUGGCGGUGGAGGUGGUUUGAUAUCGGAUCAAUUCCAUAUGGAUCAUCGAAGCUGGUAUAGUUAUGCUCUCAGUAACCGAACGAGAAGGGAAAGGACGGAGAAAAAACUGUACGAUGUUACCGGGGCGAUCGACUUCUUGGGAACCGGACUAGGAGGCCUGUUCUUCGGCGAUGACUAUAAUGGCUGGCAGAGUUUUGAUGACGCAGUUGCACGGUGACUGAAUUCCCGCGUAGUCCAUCGGGGAAGCGUAUUAACGCGGCCAAGAAGUAUUACCGCUCAAAUCCAGGCGUAACGCUCUCGUUUUCAAAACUUCAGUACAGUACAGUACUUCAAACUAAGCUCCCGACAUUGAGAAAGUACAAACCUCGCUUUUCAUUAUUGUUACACAUACAAUUUGUUUAAAAUUAAUUGACGCCAACCGCGGUCCAACUAGAAGAGCCUGCCGGGCCGCUGGUCGGGUAUAGCUGCUCUAGACAGUCAUCUGGUUUACGGUCUUACACUAAUAAACGCGUCACUGAACGUAAUAUUCUGCUCCGGUCGUUGUAUUCGUUGAAUGGCACAAAUUCUAAACUUUGAAGAAUCAGAUGACUGUCUAUAAACAGAGCAUUUACCUUGCAAUUGAGUAUGCGGUUCCUGUCUACACGGGGUACACCAGGAUACACAGACUGAGCUCCAACGCGUUCAGAAUAAAUUUCCGAAGAUAAUUCUGAAUCUGCGCCCCCUGGGCGAGAACAACGGAGGUUCACGAAAGAGUGAAAUUUUACAAAUAUAUUCAGAAAAUUGGAGAGAAGUACCGAGUAUUUGAUUGUCCGAAAUUUGUACAAUAUUUUCAUAGGUUUAGGCUAAGUAGGUAGUUAAUUUUAAUGAUUUUAAAAAUAAAUUGAAAUGUUCAACAUUCAAAAUUCAAAUAAAAAUCGUAUCUAAUAAAACGUG